AUGGGCAAUAGCCAGGGCAAGCCCAUCGAUUUGGAUGGUGAAGUCAACCUCAAUCAUUUCCGCCUACUGCGAGUAGUCGGGCGAGGUGCCUUUGGCAAAGUGCGCAUCGUCGAAAGAAAAGACACGAAUCUGUCCUUUGCCCUAAAGUACAUCCGGAAAGAUGAAGUCGUACGAUCGGAGAGUGUGAGGAACAUUAUACGAGAGCGCCGAAUGCUCGAGCACGUGAAUCAUCCUUUCAUCUGCAACUUGCGAUACAGUUUUCAAGAUAUCGAGUACAUGUACCUUGUUGUCGAUUUGAUGAGCGGUGGUGAUCUACGAUUCCACAUUUCAAGAAAGACAUUUACCGAGGAUGCAGUGCGCUUCUGGAUUGCCGAACUGGGAUGCGCUCUCCGCUACAUCCACAGCCAGAACAUCAUCCAUCGCGAUGUUAAACCCGACAAUGUUCUCCUUGACGCCGAUGGCCAUGUGCAUUUGACUGACUUUAACGUCGCCUCCGACAUCAUUCCUGGCAAGGUCUUGUCGAGCAAGUCGGGCACUCUCGCGUACCUAGCACCCGAAGUGUACGCCGGAAAAGGCUACGACGUGCGUGCGGAUUGGUGGUCGUUGGGUGUCCUGUUCUACGAAUGCAUAUAUAACAAGAGGCCAUUCGAUGGCAACUCAGAGAACACUUUGAGCCAACAAAUUCAGCUCGCUAACCCCAAGUACCCCAUCACUUCACCGCCCGUCAGUUUACCCUGUUUAUACGCCAUACGAGACGCCUUGGACGUCAACCGUGACAAACGAAUGGGAUCGACGUGGGAGAGUUUCACCAAGCACGAAUUCUUCAUGAUGAUCGACUUUGAGGCGCUCGAGCGGAAAGAAAUCGAGCCCGUCUUCGUCCCUGCCGCCGACAAGACCAACUUUGACGCCACGUAUGACCUCGAAGAAUUACUUUUGGAGGAAGCUCCCCUUGAAGCGAGAGCCCGACGACAGAAGCCCCGUGAGAGACUCAAGGAGUAUGCCUCCGACAAGGAAAUCAGAGAAGACGAACUGUACCGCAUGAUCGAAAACGAGUUCCGCCCAUUCGACUACACGUUGGCUGCUUACAAAAAAAUCACUGGCCAAGCCGACGAAUGUGGCUACGUCAACGGCGACAUGGUGACGAUGAACCAGCCCCAGGCGUUGACAACAGAUGAAGCCACACCUGCGGCCAUGGCCACGAAUGGGGGAGCGUCGAGGGCUUCCCAUCUUGCGGGCCCGUUGCGCAAGAGCACAAGCUUGGAGAAGCGGCCGGGAAGCAGUCAUACCGGCGUGCCUCGUCGACCAGUCUCCAAGCCACCCCCUAUACCGCACUAUCCCAGUGAGUAUUCCAAUCAAAGAGCGCCGCCUCCAGGGGCAGGAAAGAGGGUCACCAGCCCGACUGGUGGCAUGCAGGUCACACUAGAUGGUGGCGGCAGCUGGUCCGAUCUCGCCCGGCAGGAUGCCACCCUGCCAACGGACGCCAAUGCCAUCAGCGAAGGGAAAUCCGAAAGCUCUAGCGGCGUCUUCGGAUUCCUUCGGGGGAAGAAGGGGAGAGGACACAGCCCGAAACCGAAGGAAAGAGGAGUAUUGGGAAAGGAGGGCGCAAGACAGGUCAUUGGCUAG